AUGGAAUACAUUUCUAGAUCAAAUAUUGCUAAAAUGGUAGGAAGUACUUUAGUAAAUGCUUCUGCAACUGAUAAGUGCAAGAAAAUCAUCUCUUGGAGUUGGGAGAUGCUGGGCUCGAUCUUAAUAAUGAUGGGAUCACCUAUCUCAGUGAAGGGCUUAGAUUCCGAUGAUGAAUGCAAAGAUAAAAUAACUGCAAAAAUGACUGAAAAAGAGUUUACUCUUGUGUUGGACCUCGAUGAAACUUUAAUUCACUCUGAUAUGGAAAGAACUUCAUUUCUCGAUGAAGAAAUCCUUGUAAAAAUAGGGAACACGAUAGAAAAAUAUUACGUCAAAAUUAGGCCUUUUGCUAGAGAUUUUUUGAAAGCUUUAUCAAAUUACUUUGAAUUGGUUAUUUUUACUGCCGCCAUUAAGGAAUAUGCGGACAAAGUAAUUGAUUAUUUAGAUCCAAGUGGGUUCAUCAAGAGAAGAUUCUACAGAGAUGUAACCAAAAUUAUUAUAAAUUGUUUAGAGUUGUACUAAGAAAGAUGGAGUGUUUUAUAAAGAUUUAACUAAGGUUAACACAAAUCUAGAUAAAACCUUUAUUAUUGACAAUUCUUCAUCAGGAAUGUCUUUGAAUCCAUGUAUAUUAUUAAUUUUAUCAUAGAAAAUGGAAUACUUAUAAAAUCAUGGUACAAAGAUUUGAAGGACUAAGAAUUGAAAAUCUAUGAAGCUAUGUUGAAAAAGAACGUAAAGCCCAAAGACAAUAUCGUAAAAUGUAUUAGCUAAAUGAAAAGAAAGUAUCCUAAAAAUGUAUUAAAUUGAUUUAAUUAAAUAUCAC